UCCUGUGCAAAGUGUGACAUCAUGAUAUUGGAACUUGGAAGGAUAAAAUUCAUGCGGUCCAUGCAUCAGGGACUCUAAGUGAAGACCGAGAAAUCGUGGAUCACUUCGAUCUGAGGGCCAGUGCCAUCACGGCGAAUUUAAGUUUACUGUCGGAUCUAUGCAGGCUGUUUUAGUUGCUAUUCCUGUGUUCCAUCACGUACUACCGUGGUUCAUGAAUUUCUAGAACAAUCAAACUGGGCGCCUGUCCGAGGAACGAACGAUUGCUAAACAACUACUGUACAAGCAUAACGGCAACGCUGAACGCUUCCUUAUCAGCGUCACAGCUCGGAAAAAAUGUCCUCAUCAGCUGAGUUUGAAGUGAUAGAAGACGACAGGGAUGGUGAAAUAUCCCAGCCUGAGGUUUCUGAAGAUAAACGCUGCGCAAAUAACACGAAUGGUAUGGAUGAAGAAGUCAGCGUCGUGGAAAUCAGCCCCUCGUCCUGUAUGGCAGCCGACAGCGCUAUUGUGUCCAUUGGAGAAACCCUGGAUGGACGUCGGCGUCCCAAAGGAAGCCGCUCAGUUAAUCGUACCGACCAAUCAGCGAUCGAAGAUUGUGCGGAAAGGGUGCUCGAGAAACCGGCGGAUAACCUGAUGGGCUUAAAUGAAAGCGAUGACGAACAACCAGAUCACCCUACCGGCGGUCAAUCCCGUGCACUGAUGCCACACCCACUCGGUAUUGUCAAUCUUGAUCUGCCGGCUUCCCACCAGAAUUGUUUCAUUACCGAAAAGAAGCAGCUUUUGACAUCCUGCGCACUCAUAAAGUACUGAUUCUGGGCGAGAUCUCUGCGGAACUGAUGGCCGAAAUGCGCAAAGUGGCCAAUGUGUACGUGCUGCAGUCCAGCGAACCGGCACGACAGGAUGAUCCUGAUGAGUGGAGCCAUGCGUUGGCAGCGUUUUUCAGCCUGAUGGACCAGGCGAUGCAUUCUGGUGUGAAGGAACAGUGGUUGUUUGUGUUCGUCGAUCCGUGUAUGGGGGGUCAUGGCGCCACGCCCGGCGUUGAUGCGGAGCAGGCGUCGCGAAAUCUGCUGCAGCACUAUCAACAUGGGCAGUUGAUUUGCGAGAACAUCCUGGCGUUGGAUCAGCGCGAGAUCCAUGUGCCCACAGCCAAGUCACUGCUGGAUACGGAACCGAGUGAGAAGGCCAAGAAGCGCGGGAAUGCUGAGUUUCCGUGCCCACUGGCGGCCAAAAAGAACUGCAGCGAGGAAAAAGAACUACAUCGGUGGAAGUGUUCCAAGUGCAGCCAGGCCCUGGAAUACGGGUUUGAUGGGUAUUUGUAUUGCGACUGUGGAAAAGCGCCAGCUGAUUCCUUCGUAUUCAACUGUGGGAAAACGCGGCAUGGGCGGGACUAUGUUGGUUUCGGUGAUGUGAAGGCGGUGCUGAAAACCGUGAAGCCCUUCAAGGAAAUCAAUAUUCUGAUUCUUGGUGAGACCGGUGUGGGAAAAUCGACAUGGAUCAACGGUUUCGUCAACUUUCUCACCUACGCCACCCUGGACGAAGCUCUAGCCGAACCGGUGUAUUUGAUUCCAGCCCAGUUUACUACGAUGGAUCAAAACUUCGAUGAAAAAAUCAUCUUCAUGAAAGCGCUGGCCGCACCGGAGAACGAGGACACCAUGACCGGUCAGUCAGCCACCCAGAUGCCCAAAAGCUACGUCUUCAAGAAGGGCAACAUUCUGGUUCGUUUAAUCGAUACACCCGGCAUCGGCGACACCAGCGGAACGGAGCAGGACAAGAAGAAUUUCGUCAACAUCAUGCAACAUUUGUCCAAUUACGACAGUUUGCACGGCAUCUGUAUUUUGCUGAAGCCGAACAGUGCGCGCCUGACGGUCAUGUUCCAGUUCUGUAUCAAGGAACUGCUGACGCACCUGCAUCGCGAUGCCUGUCACAACAUCACCUUCGUGUUCACCAAUGCACGUGGGACUUUCUACCGUCCGGGUGAUACAAUGCCGAUUCUGAAGAAACUGAUAAAAGAUUCCAAAGGUGUCAACAUUACGCUGAACAAAGACACGGUGUACUGCGUCGACAGCGAAGCCGUACGUUUCAUGGCCGCAAUGAAGGCGGGGGUGGAAUUUGAUCAAACUGAGAAGGAUAAUUUCAUCAAGAGUUGGGAGAAGUCUGUGGAAGAGACUGAACGAUUGCUCAAGUACAUCUCCGAACGUCCACCGCAUGUUCUGCAAAAUACACUGUCUUUAAACGAAGCGCGGCGCAUGAUUCUGUCUUUUACGGAACCGUUGGCCCAGAUUACACGAAAUAUCCAGCUAAAUCUGAAACUGGCUGACGACAAAGCCGACGAGAUCAAAGCCACCAAGUACAGCCGGGAAGAACUGAAACGCAAACUGUACGUCCCAGUGCUGGAUUUGGAGCCGGUGCAACUGGGAUUCCCGCGGACGGUGUGCAUCUCGCAGAAGUGCAUUAAGAUGGUGGGGCAAAAAGUCAACUACAUCACCUGGUGUCAUGAGCACUGCUAUCUGACCGGGAUUGUGCCCAAUCAGUAUCCGCAGCCGGGAUUGAAAAGCUGCGCAGCCAUGAGUCCAACGGGCGGUCUAUCGUGUGCACAUUGCCAGUGCUCUUGGGAGAAGCAUAUGCACAUUACGUACGAACUGCAGGAAACGGAGAUCAAAGAGGUUGAUCCGAAUAUUCAGGAUCUGCUGCGCCAGAAGGACGGACAGAUCGCUGCUGUGGAGUUGUUGUUGCAUGAUUUGCAGCAGCGCAAGAUGGAUUUGACGGCGGAAGAAGAGCAGAUCCGGAAAGUGUCGGCCAAGUUCGGUUAUUUCUUGAAAAAGAACGCCAUGAUUCCAUACAACGAUGCCAUGGAAGAGUAUUUGCGCUAUUUGAUUUCGGCGGAGUAUGAGAAAAUCGCCAUCGGGGCCAGCCGUGACAAUCUGGAAAACUACCAGAAAAUGCUAAAUGCGUACCGCGAAGAGAAACGCAUCCUCGAAGAUGCUAUGCAGAAUCAGGAUGAAGAUCGCCAAAUCACCGCGAAAGACAUUAAGGACGCCAUUCGGUCACUGUACAGCUUGCCCAUCAACGGACAGACCAUUCGGGAUUUGGUGGACGUGGUGCAGGGUGCGCAUGGGCAGCAGCAGCGCCACUCGGAGAUCUUCUAUUCUCCCAAGCAUCCCAAGAACGUGAGGAAGGCCAAAAAGCGCAAUGGCAUGCAGCGUCUGAUGGAUGUCUUCGACUAUGACUACGGGGACUAUGGCCGUCACGAAGGGGAGCGCCCGUAUGGUCGCGGUGCGUUCGACUGGCAACGGAUGAUGGAGUACGAUGAGGACCGUCGCAUGGAGCAGUAUGGAGGACCAUCUGGAGUGGGACGUGUGCCGUGGAGUGGAGCGUUUGCGCUGCCGCCAGUGGUGCAUGCUCCGUUGUCGCGUGCUCCGCCUCGUCGUAUGCGAAGUCGUACGCCAUCGCCAUCACGGGAGAUGGAAGUCGAUUCGUCCAGCCGAUACGGAGUCCGGGAAUUCCUUCGCAAGUAUUUGUGGUAGAAUGUCCAGCAGUGUUUUUGUGGUAACCAUCGCAUGAUGAUCAUAACAAAGUUUGGAAAGUCGACUUUUUAGUAAUUUUUACAGAAUGGUAGCUCGCUGUAUUCUAGUGACUCGCCUGGUGGGUGGUGCCGCAUGGCACUCCAGAUCGACUUAAGUAAACCAUUUCUGCGUAACCGGACCUUUGUCAUUGAAUUUCAUUUUUUGUGUCUGCAAAUUUGAUCGCCCUGUACUUAACGUGUGUUUACUUAUCAUUUAAUCUCUCCAUUGCGUCUUGAAGUUUUGAUUGGCAUAACGACUUACAUUAAAUUUUACCGCUUUUUAGUUGUAACUAGUUGAUUUUGAAACUGCUGCCAAUUGCCGUACUUUUGUUUAAUCGAUUACUUACUCAUUAAAAACAG